AUGUUCCGAAAUGUUACAGGUACAAACACUGCAAUUCAAACGCAAUCAAAUGUUAGCAUUGGCAAAUCGCCUAUAACAGUGAAAGAUACGAAAGCCGAUGAGAUAUCGAGAGACUAUACUGAAAUAAGAGAUAAAUGGAUGAACGAAAAAGAAACAUUAGUACAAAAGUUAGAAAAUUUAGAGACAAGAGGGUGUUCUUCAAACGAAAUUUCCCAUAUAAAGUCUAUGAUAGAAUGUCUUAAUGAAUUGAUUGAAAAUGGUGAACUUCCCAACAAAUACUACGGGAUUGCCAAAGAAUUGAAAUCAAGUAUACCUAGACCAGAACAAUUUCAGGUGGUGCCAAAAAAACAUCUGGGGCCCUCACUCAAUUUGCCUCGGCACCCAAGUAGCACUACAUCAUUUUCUAAAUCGGAGAAAAGUGCUAUGCAAGCUGAAAACCUACAUCAGUUUGCUCAACAUGCAGAAGAACCUGAAACACCGCAUCCUUUGUAUACUUACGCUCCUGUCAUCGACUCUGCUAACCAUCAAAUGGAAGAAUAUCACCAUCCGUCCAUGAAGUUGAAGAAGCAAUCAUAUCAACAGAAUCUACAGAAUAGAAUUCAAAAGAUUGAACCUAGUCAUAAAGAAAAGAAAACAAGAGAAAAUGCCCAAGAAAAAGCCGAAGAGGCGGCUCCCUCCAUGAAUACAGAAGGAAUAUUCUUUUACAUGGUGAAGGAUAACUUUCAAGGUGAAACAGAUACAGAAACAACGGAAAAUGAAACUGAACACUCAGAAUGA